AUGUCGCCAGCAGGACAGGAAGCACCGUGGAAAGACAUCGCGCGACGAAAGCAAGCCGAUCGGGCAUCACGCAUCCCAUCUCAAUGGCAGAUUCCAUCAAGUGCGCUGCCAAAAGAUCCACCUCAGGCAAAGGACGGACCUCAGAAUGUGCUCGACGCGCCCCGGCAGUUCUUGUCGAAGGCGGAAAUAUCGAUCACGGAAUCGGACAGCGUCACGAGCUUGCUCGCAGCGAUCGCGGCUCGCACAAUCUCUGCAAAAGAAGUCGCACAGGCGUUUUCACAUCGGGCGGCUAUCGCUCAUCAGCUGACUAAUUGCAUUACUGAACCACUGUUCGACCAAGCCGUCCAAAGAGCACAGGAGCUGGACAAGUAUCUCGAGGAUAAUGGGAAGCCCUUCGGCCCUUUGCAUGGACUGCCUGUCUCAGUGAAGGAUACGUUCAACAUCGUCGGGGUUGACACUUCUAUCGGCCUCGCAUCGCUGUGCUACAAGCCUGCCAAGGCAAAUGCUCCACUGGUUGACCUGCUCCUCUCUCUAGGAUGCGUCAUCAUCGCGAAGACAAACAUUCCACAGACUCUGGCAUCGCUAGACUCUAUCAACAAUGUAUUCGGUCGGACAAUGAACCCCAUCAAUCGACUUACCACCGCUGGGGGUUCCUCCGGAGGUGAAGGAGUGCUUGUCGCGAUGAGAGGUUCGAUGAUUGGUAUCGGAACAGACAUUGGUGGCAGCAUUCGGAUUCCUGCCAUGUGUAAUGGCAUAUACGGGUUCAAGCCCAGCAACGGUCGCUUACCAUAUGGCGGACAAGCAUUGGGAGGCAACGGAGUAAGCCGAACCAGCAUCCAAGCCGUUGCAGGUCCCAUCGGCCGAAGUGUUCAGGACAUGGACGCACUGUUAAAAGAAAUCAUGCCAAGGGCGAAUUUCUGGGGCGAAGAUUGCUUCCCCACGUCAUGGUCUUCAUAUCGCCAAUUGAAAGCCAAAGGAAGCGGCGAAGCAGGCGAGCUCGUCAUCGGCAUUCUUCGCAGCGACGGCAACUGUGCCUUGCUCCCGCCAAUCUCCAAGCUCUUGGAUGAAGUCUCCUCCACACUGCAAAGCAGACCGAACAUCAAAGUCGUAGAGCUAGCCACACCCAAAGCAUGGACCAAAUCUCAGUCCGUCAUGAGCAAGCUCAUGGGCGUCGACGGCGGUGCUGUAAUGGCGGAUCUUAUCGAAUCAACAGGAGAGCCUCUCGUACCGUGGAUGUCGACUCGUUUCCGCAAGGGCAAGCCACAACCAUUAAGCCGCGUUGCCGAGCUUCAAGCCCAACGUGAGAUCUUGGAGCGCGAAAUGCUCCGGAUCUGGACUCAAGACGAUGCCCAAGGGCGCCGAACUCAGAAACUCGAUGCCAUCAUUUGCCCUCUCGCUCCACAUCCUGUCCCCCCGAUCGAAGGCUACAAUGCUGUUGGCAUGACCAGCUCGUGGGUUUUAUUUGAUUACCCUGCUGGCACGCUUCCUGUGCGAUCCUUCAAGGAGACCGACUUGGAGUCGGGAAAACCCCUGGGUGGAAAGGCUUUGAGCUCAUGGGAUGAAAAGAAUCGCGAGCUGUGGGACGAAAGUAAGGUCGAUCGGCGUGUGUACCUAGGCACGCCGCUCAGCGUCCAGGUGGUCGUACCGAGACUCCAAGACGAGAAAUUGAUCGAGGUCAUGGGGUGGGUCGAUGAGGUGGUCAAUAGCAAGCAAGGCCGAGAAGGCGGGAAAGCAAGGUUGUAA